AUGGAGAGAACGUUAUUUGUAAAAUAUAUGGUGCAACUUUUAUAUUACAUUCAGAAUGUGCAUUUAAGUCUGAGCAAUGGGAGAGAGGUCUUCUUUGAUAAGAAUGGUGACCCACCUGCAUUAUAUGAUAUUGUGAAUUGGCAACUGGCUGCAAAUGGCAUGAUGCAACAUAAAACGGUUGGAAGCUAUGACACCUCUCUUGUUGCUGAUAAAAGAUUAAUCAUCAAUGCUAGUGCUGUGAUGUGGCCUUCAGGAUAUGGUCAGGUUCCCACCUCGGUCUGCAGUACGAAAUGUCCUUCAGGAUUCAGAAGGCUAGUAAUAAGGGGUGCGCCAGCAUGUUGCUUUCAGUGUGUUCUGUGCCCCCCAGGAAAGAUAUCCAACCAUACAGACUCAAUUGAUUGUACCAAGUGUCCAAAAGACAAGUGGCCAAAUCAUAAGAAAGACAAAUGCCUCCCAAAGGUGAUAGAGUUCCUAACUUAUGAAGAGACAUUGGGUGCCACAUUAGCAACUAUCAGCAUCACCUCUUCUGUAAUUCCAAUUUACAUCUUCGGACUUUUUAUUCGUUAUAAAACAACGCCCAUUGUCAGGGCCAACAAUUACACCCUUAGCUGUCUUCUACUUCUUUCACUGUUUUUCUGCUUUCUUUGCUCCUUGGCAUUCAUUGGCUACCCUCAACCUGAGAAGUGCCUUUUACGUCAGGCAACAUUUGGCAUGGCUUUUUCCUUCUGUGUCUCUUGCAUUUUGGCCAAAACUAUUAUGGUUGUUUUUGCAUUUAUGGCAACCAAACCAGGAAGCAACCUAAUAAAAUGGGCCAACCCCCGGGUCUCCUACAUGAUCAUUGCUUUUUGCUCUCUUUUACAAUUGUUGUUGUGCUUAUGUUGGCUUUCACUAGCUCCUCCUUUCCCCGAAAACAACAUGUAUAUUAAGCCUGGAUUCAUCAUUAUUGAUUGCAAUGAGAAUUCACCUAUCGCCUUCUGGUGUAUGCUGGGAUAUCUUGGAUUCUUGGCUACUUUCAGUUUUAUAGUUGCCUUCCUUGCCCGUCAUCUCCCAGACAGUUUUAAUGAAGCUAAAUUCAUAACUUUUAGCAUGUUGGCAUUUCUAAGUGUAUGGGUAUCAUUUAUCCCAGCCUACCUGAGUGCACGUGGCAAGUAUACUGAAGCUAUGGAGGUUUUUGCCAUUCUGUCUUCUAGCUGGGCUCUUGUGAUCUGUAUGUUUAUGCCAAAAUGUUUCAUCAUAUUGUUGAGACCUGACAUGAAUUCAAAGCAGCAUAUAAUAGGGAAAUCCAAGGGUUAA